AUGCCUCCAAAGAAAGCAGAUUCUUCUAAGAAGGUGGUGGAAAAACAGAAACAAAAAGUGAUUGAGCUUGAGCGAUUGGAACGAGAAAAACAAGAAAAGAAAGAGAAGAAGAAACUUGAGAAGGCCGAGUUAAAUGAGUUGUUCAAACCUGUCACUGAGCUGCAAAAAUGUGCCAAAGGUGUGGAUCCAAAGUCAGUGCUAUGCAUCUUCUACAAACAGGGACAAUGUACCAAAGGGGACAAGUGCAAAUUUUCGCACGAUUUGACCAUCGAAAGGAAAAGUGAAAAACGUGGAAUCUAUUCUGAGGAGGAAAAAGUUGAGGAAUCCAUGGAGGAUUGGGAUAUUAAUAAACUAGAGGAGGUGGUUUCGAAAAAGCAUGAGGAUACAAAUAAGGGGUUGCCACCAUCAACCAUAGUAAGUUGA